UUCCGCUUCCGGUCGGGGCGUCGGGCUGGCGGUGCUGCUGCGGCCGCCGCCUCGCUCCGGGCCUGCGCCGCGCUCCGCUCCUCCCGCCCGCACAGCAAAAUGUCUGGAACUGAUGAUUUUUCGUUGGCAGAUGCUUUACCAGAUCAGUCUCCUGCUAAAACCUCCAAAGUGAGCAGUACAAAACCUGGGCAGCAGCCUGGUCAACCACCCCAGGCUUGGCCAGCUUCAAAUCCUUGGAACAACCCAAGCGCUCCCCCUACGGCACCAACCGGACCGCCACCCAACACCUCCGCUUCCAGCGUGCCCUUUGGACCUCCUCCAACAGGAAUGUAUCCUUCAAUGCCCCCUGGACCGCCUGCUCCAUUUCCUCCUCCUCCUACUGGACCCUCUUGCCCUCCUCCUGGUGGUCCAUAUCCACCCCCAACUGUGCCAGGUCCUGUCCCACCAGGGCAAUAUCCUCCGCCAAACAUGCCCUUUCCAGAGCUUCCAAGACCUUAUGGCGGUCCGACAGAGCCAGCUGCACCUCCUGCUCCCGUUGGGCCAUGGGGAUCCAUGCCCUCUGGAGCAUGGGGACCAACAAUGGGUGGGCAGUAUCCUGCACCCAGCAUGCCAUAUCCACCCCCAGGGCCAUAUUCUGCUCCUACCCAGACUCCAGGGGCAGCACCAACAGUACCGUGGGGGACAGUCCCACCCGGAACGUGGGGACCUUCACCGCCAGGUCCGUUUCCUCCACCCACAGGAUCAUAUCCAGCUCCAGGACUAUAUCCCACGCCCCCUAAUCCUUUUCAAGUGCCAUCUGGUCCUGCUGGUGCUCCAUCAAUGCCUGGUGGUCCCCAUCCUUACCGUUGAAUACAUUCUGGGCAACAAAAUACUGUAGCUUUCCACCUUCAUCCACUACUUGCAGAGAUUUUUACAGUUUUUGUUUCAGUAAUGUUUGAGGCUACGAAGAAUUCUUGCCUCCUGUAUGUGCAUUUGAGGUAUGAAGGAGCAGUUUGCAUAAAUUUACCUUGCUCGUAUGCUGGAGUAAUUGGUUUAAUACACUUAAUUAGGAAGUGCAGAAAUAAAACUAACAUCUGUGGUUCUUGUGUUGGCAAGGAUUCCUUGGAAAAAAUGGGAGUUGCCAAGUGAGGAUUCUAAAGAAUCAGGCUCAAGGACUUGAAAAAAGCAAAGAAGUGAAUUCUUAGAUUUCCAUGAAUGCUUUAAGUCUUGUUUGCCAGACUUGUGCUGGUCACUGAGUGGAUGGAUAGUCACAUUUUGUCAUUUUCAGGUGAUUCCAAAAUGUCAAUAAAAAGUGUUCCAAGCUUUUUCUCAAGAAACCUGAUUUUUUUUUUUUUUUUGAACCUGCUACAGUAAUUCAGACUAAAGAGACAGAACGUGUGAACUUGAAGGUUUUCUCAGCAUUUUGUAAAUACUCAAAAACAAUUGCUCAGUCUGGGACUAUGGAAGAGAAGAGACACACUUCAAACCCUGGGUCUGACCUCUCAGCACACUCUUGGUGUUCACAAACAGGCAUUUAUGUGCAAAUAACCUGGACGUGCAGUUAACUUUGAAUUUAAAAUAAAAUAAAAAUAAAUAAGAUAAUGUGAGUUUUAUGCAUGCAAAUGAGGACAUCAUUUUGCCCGUUCUCAUUCUGUGGUGGUUGGAAGUUUGGCUUGGUUUAUGUAAAGAGGAGCUGAUUCCCACUUUAGGUAAGGUACUUCCCUGUUUCUAACCUGGGUUCCAGUCAUUUAAAAUCUGAUUUUGCUGCUGGGCUCUGUAAACUCUGCAGGCUGGGUCAGAGGCCCUGGAAACCAAACUUGAGCUUAAAAAGAUAUUAAAAAAAAAAGAAAAAAAAAUCCAAAAAUAAAUAAUCCCACCUUGACUGUUCCCUUCCUGGCAGCUUUUGGCAGGGAGUUGAGUUCCAGCAGCUCCAGAGAUUGUCUCAUCCUUUCUGCCAGGGUGGAGAACGAGGAGGCCUCAUCAGGGCUGCCCUGGAUAUUGCAGUGGGGAGAAGUCCUCUUGUUCUCAGCUGGGUGUCUGCAUACCUCACUGAGUAAGCUUAAUUAGGGAGUGUAAUUAGGGAGGAAUUGAAUGUCUCAAAGCCUGUGCACUGCUGUGUAGCUGCUCCCCCCCUCUCUGAAGGGGCAGGGCAGUCACUUUUCAUUUUCUUGCCAUAUCUGUGAGGGGUUUGCUGCAAGGCUGGUGGUGCAGCCUCACAGCCACGGUGCCAGUGAGGAGUUCUGGCCCUCUUUUUGGUACUUGAGAACCUUGGUGUUGACCCAGGACAGUCUGUGGCAUCCCCAGCAGGGUGGGGAAUCUCCUAACUCAGCCUCUGGAGGUAGAAUUAGGAACCAAUUUUACAUCACUGGUGGCUCAUUAGGGAGUCUUCGUUAUCAUGGAACUGUCAAAGUGAGUUAAUUCUCUCCCACUCUUAUUGUAGCUUCCUGCAUGCAUCUGAGGGGCUUUUUAGAACCCAAUGGGGUGACCUGGUGCUGGUGCUUGUUGGUGAUUUUGGCCUUUUUACCAAAGCCCUGCAAUAUUUUUUGCAGAAGGCAGCAGCCAGCUCAGCUGUGACUGUUUUAACAUCAUGAAAGAAACAGCAAAGGCACAGGUAUCUUUUUUUUGGUUUGUUUGGAGAAGCUCAACAAAACCCCUUCACAUUUCUCUUUUUAAAAUCAGCUGUAACCCUGGAAACAUGAACCAAAAGUGCAAGUCCUCACUAAGCUUAAACAAGCCCCAGUCCCCUCCUGCAAACAACAGAUCUUGACAAGACUGAUAAAGAAAAAAUCAACAGCAACUACGUUUGCUCAAGUGCUUUCUUUUUAUUUUAUACCCACAGCCUUAGGUUAUAAAUCAGUGUGAUGAAAAAUAAUAAUAAUAAUAAAAAAAAAACCAUCUAUUCCAAAUGAAUCCCUCAGUUCAGCCACUCCAGUUUGAACUGGCACUGGCUCUGUGUCUUUGCAGGGCAGGGGAAGGUGUAGGGAAGGAUAAAGCAAACGUAGCAAGGACUGGUUUUGGGGAAAGGGGAUUUGUAAGAGUGACUUCUAGGUUCUUCCUGAAAUAGGCAGGAUUUAUUACUGGAACAUUUAGGCUAAAAUUCAGUAUAUAUGAGAUGUUUUUUCAAUGUAUAUUCGUAUUUCUUGAGGUCCUGAGAACUGUUUCAUAAGCCCUUUGUUUUUGUGAGCCAAGUUCUUUGCAUAGCAGUGAAAAGGGUAUUCCUGUUAAUCUAUUGUGUAAAAACUCCAAGUUGUCACUAUAUACAGUGUAGUAACUUUAUCACAUGUUAUGUCAAGUGUGAGCAACUUCUGGCCUGAAGCUUUUGCAAUGGAAUUUGUACAUUUCUAUGCAUCAAUUUGAGUUAAAAUUGCUGAGAAGUUCAUUAUUUUUAUUUUUUUUUUUGACUUGUGCUUUGAGAUUGACAUACUGCAUUUGUUUACAAUAUGAAAUACAAGCAAUCACAUCUUUAAAGUAUAGAUUAUCACCUGCUGCUGUAUUUUCUUUAGACGAAACGAAUAUUGCUGUAUGAUAGUGAGAAGCUAUAAAUACAGGAUUUGAUAUUUUUUUGAAAAUGCUGUCACUUUUGUAUAAGAUUAGACAUUAAACGUAUUUUCAAGACUGUCGUGUUCACUGCUUUUCAAUUACUGCUUUGGACAUUUGCUUCUGUAGACUUGGAAUGAACAGUGACAAAAGGACAUCCUUGCUUUGCAAA